CUCUCGCGUAUGAGGAAUCACCGCUGCGCGCGCUGUUGUAGUUUUACUGAAAGGAUCUGUCCAGCAGUCGACACAACUAGUUCGUGCCCUCGUGCUCCUAGUCCGCCACAGACUCUUGCACCGUUUAGGUUAGGUACCUUACCCCCAAGAGGCGUGUACCAAGAGGUUGGUGCUUGCGUGAGAUCCGUCGGCAAAACUGCACAGACGAUCGGCAACGUUCUUUUCUUCGCACGGCACUUGUCCUCGGCGCCGGUACACGCCAGGCGAACCCGGUGGGAAGUCACACGGCCAGACGGGCACACGUCCAUCUUGCGAUUCUGCCCACAGGAUCGGGACCACCCUAUUCUAGUGCCACCCUCUGCCACGCGCUGCUCUCUUCCUCUCUUGGUGUCUGCGUGCUUGUAUGCGUGGCGGCCAAUCAUUCGGCCUCGGCGCAAUGCUAAUUCUCGCCGGAUAUAUCGGUCCAUCUGGUCCCCUGCAGUCCCAGGGGGGAAGAAGCAUCACUCGAGAUUGCAUUAAUUGCGCGGGCAGUCAAGUUAGAGUCUCUUGAGAGUACCUAGGUACGUGCUAGAGGCCAAGUACGGUGAAGCUUGGUUGGGUCAGUCUAGAGACUUUGCUACCAAACCCGUACCAGUGGCAACCUCUACGAGCCUGACGGGAGGGACAUGUCCGAAAGGAACCCAGUCCACAUCUCAAAGAGCACGGCACACAUCCGGCCGAGAGUGUCCCUUCUUUUGCGAUAUGCGACGGCUUUGCUUUAUCGGAGAAUUAAUAAAGGUACCUGGAACCACCUGUUUCAUUGGCAUUGCCGGCUUCAUACAGUAUGUUUAUCGGUGACGACGUGAGUGGUCUCCUAGUGAGCCUACCGUUUAUAUCAUUCAACGGGGAGGAGCGCCUCUCAUUGGUACUUGGCUGUAUACACAUGAAUACGUAUAGAUUAUUCACUCCAUGUGUUUGCGUUCGUCGGUUUAGAC